AUGGGGCACGCAGCACACGAGCAUGUCGGCACGCCCGAGGGAGGGUCGGCUGACCCUUUCGGUGCGCCUUCGUCAAGCUCAGCGGUGGCAGGACGCGAGACAGAAGACAGACAGGUGCGUGCCACCGCAGGGCGAGAGGAGGGUGUGUGUCGCUCAGAGACCUCCGCAAAGGGCUUCCACAGAGAAGUGAAGCAGGAGGCCAACAAAGGAGGAAACCCGGCGAACGGCGAGGCGCCUGAGGCCUUUGAGGCCGCGAAAGUGGCAGAGGAGGAUGCGGCUGAGGCAAAGACCGCGGAGGAAGAAGACGAGGAGAGGCCCAAGGUCGAAGAGCACGCGCGGGAGGAAGAAGAAGAGAAGGGGCCUUCGCGGCUCAAGUUCCCAUCCUACGACGAUUUCUUGAAGGAGGAGGAGGAAGAAAGGAAAGCAGAGGAAGAUGCAGAGGCAGAAGAAGCGAAGGGCGACAGCGCGAAUCUCGACGCGGCGUUCGAACUCUUCAUGAGUGAAGUGAAGGACCUGCCAGCAGUCACAGGAAAGUCGACGGGUCACGGCAAGAAGGAGACGCAGGCGGCGAUGAGGAAGUUCAAGAGCUCUGAAGAGGAGUGUCUGCGCCUGACUUGCCAGACGUUUUCCUCGCCCUUCCAAGUGCUUCUGCUCGGCGCGGAGGCGACGGAGGACGACGUUCGCAAGCAGUACAGGAAGCUCUCUCUCCUCAUCCAUCCUGACAAAUGCAAGCAUCCAAUGGCUCAAGAGGCUUUCCAGGUGGUGAACAAGGCGUAUGAGCAGCUUCAGAGAGCGGAGAUGCGAGAAAAGUACCGAGACGUGAUUGAGGAGGCGAAACGGCGCGUGCUGAAGGAGAACGCCAAAGAGAACAAGAAACGCCGAACUCAAGGCAUCGACGUGCCGCUGCUCUCCGAGGACCCGGCGGAGCUGCAGACAGAAAUCAUGAACAUGUGCGAGAAGAUGCUGGAGGAGACGAAGGAGCGACGCGAAUACGCGGAGCGCACCCGCCAGGCGAACGAGCGAUAUGAAAAAGAGCAACUAGAGAAGCAAGCUCAGGAGGAACUUGAUAAAUGCAAGGAGAGGAAAGAGUGGCUGGAGAAGCGCGACGAGCGCGUGGGCGCGUGGCGAGACUACCAGAGUGCUAUCCGCGCGAAGGACGUGAAGCUGCAGGCCUUCACCGGAGUCCGCCACCAGCGCGAGCAGCGGAAAGACGACGACGUGGUGAAGAAGAAGCAGCGUAUCCAGGGCAUCGACACGUCCUACAAAGACAACUGGCGCUAG